GGAGCAUGCUUGUAUAGUAGGUAAAGAAGACCGAAGAAAAUUGGAGUUUGACCAAAAUAAAGAAUAAACGCUUAAACCUGCAUUAAAAUGGGAGUUCCAGCAUUCUUUCGCUGGUUGAGCCGGAAGUACCCGAGCGUGAUAAUCGAGUGCAACGAGAACAAGCAAGUCGACCCGGAUACUGGGCGGAAUAUUUACGAGGACGCCACUAAGCCGAAUCCGAAUGGGAUAGAAUUUGACAACCUCUAUCUUGACAUGAACGGCAUAAUCCAUCCGUGUACGCAUCCGGAGGACAAGCCGGCGCCAAAAAACGAGGACGAGAUGAUGGUGGCCAUUUUCGACUGCAUUGACCGUCUAUUCGGAAUCGUGCGCCCUCGGAAGCUGCUCUAUAUGGCCAUCGAUGGGGUGGCUCCGCGUGCUAAGAUGAACCAGCAGCGGUCUCGACGGUUCCGAGCUGCUAAGGAGGCCACCGAAAAGCGGCUUGAGAUCGAGAGAAUUCGCGAGGAGCUACUAAGCCGGGGCUGCAAGUUGCCGCCAGAGAAGGAGAAGGGCGAACACUUCGACUCCAACUGUAUUACGCCGGGCACACCCUUCAUGGACCGGCUCAGUAAGUGCUUGCACUACUUUGUCCACGAUCGACAGAACAAUAAUCCGGCCUGGAAGGGCAUCAAGGUUAUCCUGUCGGAUGCCAAUGUGCCUGGCGAGGGCGAGCACAAGAUUAUGGACUAUAUUCGAAAACAGCGCGCCCAACCGGAUCACGAUCCCAACACGCAGCAUGUGCUGUGCGGAGCCGAUGCCGAUCUUAUCAUGUUGGGGUUAGCCACCCACGAGCCGAACUUCACCAUCAUUCGUGAGGAGUUUCUGCCAAAUAAGCCACGUCCUUGCGACAUAUGCAACGGAUUUGGCCACGAGAUGGACAAGUGUGUAGGCUUGGGAGCCACGGCACCUACUGGCGCCAACUUUAAACCCGAUGUUCCCAUUGGAGCCGAGGUAAAGUUUAUCUUCGUACGGCUGAGCGUGCUGAGAGAGUAUCUGAAGCAGACACUCGAGAUGCCAAACCUCCCGUUCGAGUAUAGCUUUGAGCGUGCUCUCGACGACUGGGUAUUUAUGUGCUUCUUUGUGGGCAACGAUUUUUUGCCACAUCUACCAAGUCUGGAGAUUCGUGAAGGGGCAGUGGAUCGACUCGUUGAGCUUUAUAAGAAGUGUGUGUACAAGACAAAGGGUUAUCUCACCGACUCGGGAGAUGUCAAUCUGGACCGAGUGCAACUGAUUAUGACUGAUUUGGGUAACGCCGAGGACCAGAUCUUCAAGAGCCGACAGCGGCGCGAAGAACAGUUUAAGGCUAGAGAUAAGGAGCGCAAGAGGCAAGAAAGAAAUCAGGACCACCGGGCACUGAACCAAUCGUCGUUUGGAGCCAGCGCAGUGGGUCCAGGCAACCAGCAAAAGGGAAUCGGGAACUAUAAAGAGGAGGCCGCUGCUCUGCGAAAUAGAAAACGGACAAGUGACCAGGCUAAUUUGGAUGAGGAAGAAGAAGAGGAGAACAAUGACGAAGUACGGCUAUGGGAGGAAGGCUUUAAGGACCGCUACUACGAGUCAAAGUUCGAUGUGGCGCCAGGAAACCAACAAUUUCGCUACGCCGUUGCUCUGCAAUAUGUCCGAGGACUGUGCUGGGUGCUGAAGUACUACUAUCAAGGCUGUGCCUCCUGGAACUGGUACUUUCCAUACCAUUAUGCCCCGUUCGCAUCGGACUUUGUUAACAUUCAAGGUCUGUCCACGAAUUUUGAAAGAGGAACAAAGCCUUUUAAUCCUCUAGAGCAACUGAUGGGCGUCUUUCCUGCAGCCAGUAGCUCGCACGUGCCCGAGCCCUGGGCACAGCUUAUGUCUAACCCAGAUUCACCAAUUAUUGACUUUUAUCCAGAGGAUUUUAAGAUCGAUCUGAAUGAAAAGUUCGCCUGGCAAGGUGUGGCUUUGCUGCCCUUCGUAGACGAGAAGCGGCUCUUUAAGGCUUUGGUUCCCUAUUAUGAGCAACUUACGGGAGAAGAGGUCAAGCGCAACAAGCGGGGCGACAAUUACCUGUACAUCAGUGACCAGAGUCCUCAUUUCAAGAAGGCCCAGAAAAUAAGCAAAAAGUCGGAAGAUGGUGAGUGCACUGCCAUCUCGUUUGAUGGAAUGCGGGGAACUUUAGGAAAAACUGAGCUAAACACUGACAUCAGCGGCAUUCUGAGGUCGCCUAUUUCCGGGCUGUCGGACAUCAGUGACAACACAACUGUAACGACUACUUUCAAGGAUCCGGAGUACGCCGAAGACUACAUUUUUGAGGCCAAGCGUCUUGAAAAUGCAGUAGAUCCUCCAAAGGUGCUGCCGAAUGAGCAGUCGGGUCAAAAACAUCGUCCCGUCAUCGGAUUCAAUAGCCAUUUAUCUAGGGCCUUUGUUCCUGACAGCGGACAUCGCAUGUUAAAUGCAGGAAUAAGAAACAACCACGGUGGCGGAGGAGGUGGUUACGGGCAAGGCGGUAGCUAUGGCCAGGGCGGAGGAAACCACGGACAGGGCUAUCAAAACAAUAGCCGUAACUUUAACUACAACUACAAUAAUAACUACAACCAGCAUCAAGGUGGUGGCUAUCAAGGCAACUUCAACAACAGACCCCAAUACGGCAAUAAUCAGAGAAACAACCAGGACAAUUCAAAUCAGCAGCGCAACUUCAACAACUAUAAUGGCCCAAGAAAUAAUGCCUACCAGCAGCAGGGUGGCAACAGGCAGCAGAACCAGAAUUAUAGGAGAUUUUAGGUGUACCAUACAUAUAAUUUAAUAUGUAGCAGAUCUUAAAAGUGUAAUCCAUUCAUUUUUCUGUACUUUUUAAUAUGAAGAAGGUAGUGUUUAAGGACAUUCAGACAAACUGAUGCAAAUGCAUUUAAUUAUUUGAAUUAAAAAACAAAAAGUUAGACAAAGUAAAGUUCAAUACAAGCAACAAUAGUUUAUAUAAAAACAAAUCUUGCAUUUUUUUUUAUCAGAAACAACAGUAUACACUAAAAAUCUAGUCUCAGUGCCUCAAUGAAAAUAUGUCAAAUUACAAUGUUGGGAAAUAAUGGAUAAAUUAAUGAUUAUUUGGAACCUAUAAAAGUAAUUGAAAAAAAUUAUAAAGCUAUAAGUACAACAUUUAGAAAAUAUCUGUUUUUAUUUCACUAAACUGAUCAUAUUAUUCUUAUUUGAAACCUUUUUUCAAACCUGAAAAUGCUGUCCUAAAUUGUCAAUUUAUAAGACUAUUCCUUCUAAUAUACUAUAGCCCCAAAUCAAAAAUAAAAGACAAAAGCGACUAUGGAAUAGCAUUCGCUAUACUAAA